AUGUGAGGCACAGCAAAGCUAGAAUCCCAAAGAGUAUAAUAAGUAUAUUAGAACCCUCUAGAACCUAUAGAGCAGUAAAGCUGAGAAAAGUAUUAAUUGUUUAGGACAUUUAGCCAAGAUUUAGUCGUCUCUCUGUGGUCAUUGUUUGACAUUACAUUUACAGACACACACACACACUGUUUAAAUGUUGUUGUGUUGAUAAUCAAAAUAUAACCAAUAACCUCUAAAUUUUUAAAAACAGAUUCGAGAAAUAUUAAUAAUUAGAUAAUAUGAACCCUAAAAGCUUAGAAGCCCGAAAUCGCAAUGAUACGCCUUUUGAAGGUCUAAAAAUAUCUAAUUCAGACGUACUAAAUGAUCUUAAUAAUAGAAGUCUAUGUUCUCGUUGUGGCAAGUCUCGAAUGUAUUUCUGUUAUACCUGUUUUGUUCCUGUAGCUCAACUAGAAGGACGCAUUCCUUUAUGCACUUUGCCGAUCAAAGUUGACAUAAUUAAACAUAGACGUGAAAUUGAUGGCAAGAGUACGGCGGCUCACGCAGCAGUUCUGGCUCCUGGGGAUGUAAAUGUUUAUACAUAUCCUGAUAUGCCAGAAUAUGCAAAUGAUGGAAGGACAGUGCUGUUGUAUCCAGGAACUGAAGCAUGCACUGUGCGAGAAUUGUUCACUGGCAAACGUGACAGUCAGAAGUACACAGAAAAUCGCUUAGCUGAACUACCAUCAGGAUAUAAUGUUGGUACUUUAAUGACUAAAGUAUAUAACAAUGAUAGUCAUACUAGUAGAGAAAUAUAUCAUGUGAAAAAAUUACCCAUUGAUCGUAUACUUCUUAUUGAUAGUACUUGGAAUCAAAGCAAAGGAAUAUUUUGUGAUGAAAGAUUGCAGAAGCUCCCAAAGAUUGUAUUACAAAAAAGGAUAUCUCAAUUUUGGAGACACCAAAAAGGCAGUCCUAGGUGGUAUCUGUCAACUGUUGAAGCAUUGCAUCAGGUGUUAUUAGAGAUACAUGUAUGUGCUUGGGGAAGAAGUGAAAAUUACAACACUGAGUUUUCCAUUGAUUUCCCAAUUCACACUGAAGAUAAGCACACUUUCUGUGAACCAUACAAUGGACAGUAUGAUGACCUUUUGUAUUUUUUUAAAUAUAUGUAUGAAAAACUCCAUACUCUUUAUAAACAUGAAAAUAUGUUAGCAUAUAAAAGGCCAAUGGAAAUAUAAUGCUCUUUAUUAGUUGACAUUAAUCAUAACCAUGGAAUAAAUGAAAUCAAAGCCAUGUCAGCAGUAUAUUUU